AUGGGCGCCGGCGGCUCGACGCAGACGCCCAAGCGGCACGACCGCCGGAGCCGAGGUUCACGCGACUCCGAGGACACGGGCAGCACCGCCUCGGCGUUCGGCCGCGGCGAUAGGGAACGCUGCCUCCUCCACGCGCAAGCCGUAGAUAAACACUCUACCUUAUUACCGGACCACGCGCGAUUGGAGCUCGAAGCGCUCAUCUCAACGCUCGAGCACGGCCGCGUCUACGACGACGACGACGAUUCAAAAGCCAGUUCAUUGAACGACCUCCAGCACUUCGCUCCCCACAGUAAUGAGAAGGUCCAGACGUGGCUGAGAACUACUUUGUGUACGGACCAAGAAGGUCGGGAUGUGAGAAAGUCCACCGACGUCACGGAUGCGCGGACGUCGGUCACUGGACUGCCCUCGACGUUUCUCCUGACGGACGCUCGGACGUCUGUAUCAACACUGAGAGGUUCCCAGACCGAUAUCAUAGCUGCUGCUGCCGCGGGUGAUUUAGAAGCUUUACGUAAAACACCAAAAGAAAGAAUUGACGACGGCGACUACGACCAGCGAACAGCUCUACACUUGGCGGCGUCGAACGGCCGAUUAACCGUAGUAGCGUGUCUCGUCGAUGAAUUGGGCGCAAAUAUCUCCCCAAUUGAUAGGUGGGGCGGGACGCCCCUCGACGACGCGGUCCGACAUGCCCAUACGUCUGUCAAAGAUUUCCUCGAGGGUAGAGGUGGUUUAAGAGGUGUCAGUCAACCAGGAGAGUGGGACGAGGGUGCCGAUUUGUGCGACGCGGCGAAGAAGGGCGACGUGGCACGGUUGCGGCGCUUGGCGAUGCAGAAGCAGCAGGGCGUGAAUCAGGCGGAUUAUGACGGGCGGUGUGCGCUACACUUGGCUUCUUGUAGUGGUCGGUUAGAUGUUGUUAGAGUGCUGGUCGAGGAGCUCAAUGCGGCAUUGGACGUAUCAGAUAGGUGGGGCGGUACUGCGUUAGAUGAUGCGGAGCGCGAGGGUCAUUCUGCUGUGGUAGACUAUCUGAUGGAAAGGGGCGCACCUCGAGGGUAUUCUCGUCGCUCGAGACACACGCGCGCGACGCUCGACGACUUCCCGGACGAAUUAGAUGAUGUGGACGUGCAAGUAAGGGUCACGGAGGCGUGGCUCGCGGCGCUGAAAGAAAGAACGAGAGAAGACUUCGACGCGGACGCCGAGGACGAUUUCAGGACGCUGCCCGCGUUCAAAUCCGUGGACGCGUGGACGGAGGAUGUCCAGUUCGACAUUGAUUCGUGGGAGUACGACGUGAUUAAGCUCCAUGAGAUGACGAAUGGCCAUGCUCUCGCAGCUGUAGGGCCCAUCUUGUUACAACGACAUAGUCUGAUGGAGCGAUGCGCACUCGAUCAAAGUGUAGUGCAAAGCUUCUUCGCAUCAAUUGAAGCGAACUACGGCGAGAACCCGUACCACAACGCCCAGCACGCGGCGGACGUUUCUGUUGCAGUACAUUUAUUUCUGUCAGAACACGACCUCAUGGAGACGCGCUUCGCCGACCCCGUGGCUUGUCUCGCGGUCUUAAUCGCGGGUGUCGUGCAUGAUUUUGCCCACCCCGGGACGACCAAUCAGCACGAGGUCAAGAUUGAUAGUAAGAGGCACAAGGCCUUUGGGGACGCGGGCAUCCUGGAAAAGUUCCACGUCCGGGCGGCCUUCGCGUUGAUGCGGCGGCCGGAGCUGAACAUCUUGGCGCCGCUGGAUCACGCGGGCUACGCGAGAGCGCGAAAGGCCAUCGUCAAAGCUGUAUUAGCGACGGAUCUGGGGCGGCACAUGACUUAUGUGGAAAGAUUGAAUGAGAUGGCCAUGCUCGAAGGAGCUAGGUCCCACGGCACGCGCGUGAACUCCGGUCAAGAAACGUGGACGUCGCCGUUUCUCGAUCCCGAGAAGUGCGGGCGGGACUUGGUGGCCGCCGUAGCUCUCAAAUUUGCUGAUUUGGGCCACGCCUGCAAGAAACGCGUGUUGCACGAGGAGUGGACGGCUCGCAUCACGAACGAGUUCUGGGCGCUCGGGGAGCGGGAGCGGAGUUUGGACGUGGCGAUCUCGCCCUUGUGUGAUCGAUCCACAGAUAUUGAUGUGGCCAAGUCGCAGGUGGGCUUCUUCUCGUUCAUCUGCAUGCCGUUUUAUACCGUGGUGGCCUGUGUGGAAAUCAAAAUUUUACGGCGCGUUCCAUCGACGCGACGCCUGCUCGAUGGCGGCACCCGACACACUGGUUGAUUUCCGCACAGGUGGUCGCCGACCUCGUGGACCCGGACAUGCUUCCUCUGUCUAGACUGAAGCAGAACCUGCGGUACUGGCCUGUGUGGAAAUCAACCAGUGCGUCGCGUGCACCCGACAAUUCUUCACUAAGUCAUUUCUCGGCGACGACGCGGCCGUGCUGGCUCCGUCGGGCGGCGAGGAACUUGCAUCGCUACGCCAUCGAGCAGGCGUCGCGUCGAUGGCGUGGAGGCCGACUCGGCGAUUCAGCACGAACGCGUCGUAAAACUUUGAUUUACACACAGGUACUGGCAGACGAAGAAACACGCGCGGCGGUGGGAGGCCCAGGCGAAGCUGGCGGGGCCCCUGCGACGGCCCUCGUGAAGAUUGUACAUAUUGUUUGCUGCUCCGCCACGGAGCCUUAAUUCGAGUUGCUGCCUAAUGUCCAUAGUACUAA